ACUGUCUCUGCCUCAGUUUGAAUCCAACUUUAUUGACAAGGGAAGCGUAACGGAAACAGUACACACGUGUUUCACGUCUUGCAGGUUUGAAGGUUAAAGAAGAAGCACCGGUAGGUCUACUGUCCACCGUCCGCCGGAGAGGGUCACCAGGACGGCGUGUGUUUGUGGUCAAAGCCGGGCGAGAGCAGCACCGAGGCGCAGACAUGGAUCCCAUGAAGGCACAGCAGCUGGCGGCGGAGCUGGAGGUGGAGAUGAUGGCUGACAUGUACAACCGCAUGACCAACGCCUGCCACAGGAAGUGUGUACCGCCACAUUACAAGGAGGCAGAGUUGUCCAAGGGCGAGUCCGUGUGCUUGGACCGCUGCGUGGCCAAAUACCUGGACCUUCACGAGAGGCUGGGACGCAAGCUGACCGAGCUCUCCGUCCAGGACGAGGAGACGAUGAGGAAAGCCUCCUUGGGGAGCGGAUAAAGACGUUAAUGAAGUUAUCGAAGUAGAGCAUUGUGGGGGAUUAAAUGUCAAGGGUUAUUUAAUGGGUGGGUUUUGUUUUGGAAAUAAAUAAAGUGUGAAGAAUAAUGCUGUUGAGGGUCCACGGAGAUAAACUGCUUUCCUACUGCAGUCGAGGAUGAGACCUUGGAUUAAGGUUAAAGGAAUCACGAGAGGACCUGGUGGAACAACAGCACAAAGACCUCUUCAAACUGCUCACUGCUCCACCAGCCUCUCUGGAUGAGUUUGAUUAGUUUUAAAUUCAGCUUGGUCCUCAAGAAGUCACCUGAUAAACGACUUAAAAGGAGAGAGAGGAUGUGUAAUGUUAUCUCUAAUUCAUACUUCGUGCUUGUUUUUAGCUGCUUAGAGUCCCAGAAGGGUGCUGCCUCUUCUGCAGAAACUCAAAUACUGGCAGGUUAAAACAAUCACUAUUUACAUAAAGUCUUUGUUGCCACAUCAUCCUUUGAACUUGGGUGAAUUUUAUUUUAUUUUUCUUGGUGAAAGGGGGAGAAGUAAACAUGAACCCUCUUCAUAAUAUUACAACACAACAUGGUAUUCGGGUAGAUACUCUGUUCACAAAUACAAGUUGUCUGUUAUGCAGACAUGGUUCUUUACAAAACCUUGAAAUACAGUAAUUAAAAUACAGAUGGAUGAGUGCUUGCACUGAAUGAAUUAUGUAUGGCAGUAUGUUUUGUCUUUUUUUUUUUUUUUUUUUUUUAUACAAGACCAUCCAUAGUUUAUUCUCUUUCAGGCCUGCAUGGUGCUGUGUUGGCUUUGUCUGUAAACUCAAACGGUACCAGUCAGGUCAUUCAUGCUUCACGGACGUUUGAUGAAGAUGGACUGAAACCAAUGCUUUGUUCUAGACUGUCUCGUGGUGUAUGUGACUGGACAAUGAUUUCUGACUGAUACAUUUCCUUUUUUUUUUUUUUCAUGUUUUUUUUUUUUUUCAUGUGCUAACCACUGUGUCGGUGACGCAGCUUUUUAUCUGCAUAUUGGAGAAGCUGCACAGUGUGUCGUUGUUACUAAGAACUCUAAUAAAACUGUCAUUUA